AUGGCUAGAAGAAAGAAUUUCAGAAAGGGAAACAAAAAGACUUUCGGAGCCCGUGAUGACUCAAGAGCUCAAAAGAACUGGUCAGAACUAGUAAAAGAGAAUGAAAAAUGGGAGAAAUAUUACAAGACUUUAGCUCUCUUUCCAGAAGACCAAUGGGACGAAUUCAAGAAAAUAUGUCAAGCUCCAUUGCCUUUAACUUUUAGGAUUACAGGCUCUAGGAAGCACGCUGGUGAAGUUUUAAAUUUGUUUAAAGAGAGACAUCUACCAAACUUGACUAAUGUUGAAUUUGAAGGUGAAAAAAUCAAGGCCCCUGUAGAACUACCUUGGUAUCCCGACCAUCUUGCUUGGCAAUUGGAUGUCCCUAAGACAGUAAUUAGAAAGAAUGAACAAUUUGCAAAAACUCAAAGAUUUUUAGUUGUGGAGAAUGCAGUUGGUAAUAUUUCAAGACAAGAGGCCGUCUCAAUGAUCCCUCCAAUCGUUCUUGAAGUUAAACCUCAUCAUACUGUUUUGGAUAUGUGCGCUGCUCCUGGUUCCAAAACUGCCCAACUAAUCGAAGCUUUGCACAAGGAUACAGAUGAGCCAUCUGGUUUCGUUGUAGCCAAUGAUGCAGAUGCUAGGAGAUCCCACAUGUUGGUUCACCAAUUGAAAAGAUUGAAUAGUGCUAACUUGAUGGUUGUAAAUCAUGACGCCCAAUUUUUCCCACGUAUCAGAUUACAUGGUAAUUCCAGUAACAAGAAUGACGUUCUAAAAUUUGACAGAAUCCUUUGUGACGUCCCAUGUUCUGGUGAUGGUACUAUGAGAAAAAAUGUAAAUGUUUGGAAAGACUGGAACACACAAGCAGGACUUGGUUUGCAUACUGUUCAAUUGAAUAUAUUAAACAGAGGGUUGCAUCUUUUAAAGAACAACGGCAGAUUAGUUUAUUCAACCUGUUCUUUAAAUCCUAUUGAAAAUGAGGCUGUCGUUGCUGAAGCGCUAAGAAAGUGGGGUGACAAAAUUAGAUUAGUAAAUUGUGACGAUAAACUUCCUGGGCUCAUAAGAUCUAAGGGUGUAUCCAAAUGGCCUGUUUAUGAUAGAAAUUUGACUGAGAAGACCAAGGGGGACGAAGGCACACUGGAAAGUUUCUUCUCGCCAUCCGAAGAGGAAGCAUCUAGAUUCAAUUUACAAAAUUGUAUGAGAGUUUAUCCUCACCAACAAAACACGGGUGGGUUUUUUAUCACUGUUUUUGAAAAAGUUGAGAACAACGCUGGUGCUGCUACAGAGAAAUUGUCUUCAGAAACUCCGGCUUUAGAAUCUGAAGAGCCUCAAACAAAAAAAAUAAAGGUAGAAGAAGUCCAGAAGAAAGAAAGGUUACCACGUGACGCAAACGAAGAACCAUUUGUCUUCGUUGACCCACAGCACGAAGCUUUAAGAGUUUGUUGGGAUUUUUAUGGCAUUGACAAUAUUUUCGAUAGAAACACUUGUCUAGUGCGUAACGCCACUGGUGAACCAACUAGAGUGGUUUACACUGUAUGUCCGGCUUUAAAGGACGUUAUUCAAGCCAAUGACGACAGACUAAAGAUUAUUUAUUCUGGUGUUAAAUUGUUUGUCUCUCAAAGAAGUGAUAUUGAAUGUUCGUGGAGAAUUCAAAGUGAAUCAUUGCCAAUAAUGAAACAUCAUAUGAAAUCCAAUAGAAUUGUUGAAGCUAAUUUAGAAAUGCUAAAACAUCUGUUGAUCGAAUCGUUCCCUAAUUUUGACGAUAUUCGUUCAAAGAACAUUGAUGACGAUUUUGUCGAAAAGAUGACAAAAUUGAGCUCCGGCUGUGCCUUUAUUGAUGUAUCAAGAAACGACCCUGCCAAAGAAAACUUAUUCUUACCUGUGUGGAAGGGUAACAAGUGUAUCAAUUUAAUGGUCUGUAAGGAAGAUACUCAUGAGUUAUUAUAUAGGAUCUUUGGUAUUGAUGCGAAUGUCAAACCAAUUUCAAAACCUGAAGAAAAGGCAGGAACUUCUUCUGAAGUAUCUAGCGAAGCUGCUAGCGUCGCUAAAUGA